AUGGCCUAUCUUAGCAAGCCAAUCGCCAAGCCUGGUCAACGUUGUGAAAUUGUCGGGGCUUAUCUGGAAAAGAUUCAACACAAUGGCCUGGAAGCGAAGUGUGAAAGCAUUACCAGCAAGCUCAGCUGCGCUGGUCAUUGCUAUCUUCCUGGGUGGGGACCCCGAGACGGAACGCAUCAAUGGUUGGAGACAUAG